UUUCUCUCCACUCCAGCGUCGUCCUUUACUCAAACAAUCCAGGAUAACCCUCCUCUCUCUCUGUCGUUGUUUGUCUCUCUAAGCAGCAUCUACAAAUCUUGGAUAGUGCUUAACCGGAGUCAUAUCCCCUGUUAAAAGCUCGCCAUCCAGAUCCCUAUUAAAAGUUGCUAAAAUGCCUUCCCCGCCACCUAGAAGUUCAACACAUUACAUCCAUUGCAAGCAACGGUGGCUGAGUGCAGUGCAUGAAGGUGUGGCACCACUGGCCGGGAUUGAAGAAAUACGAUACCCUCUCCUACCUUCCCCC